CAGCCGCUGAGGGACACAAAGGAGUGGACUCAGCUCAUCUCGGCUCACGCCAGGGUCGGAGACUGCCGCCGCGCGUUUGGCCUCCUCGACGAGAUGCGGCAGGCCGGAUGUGAGCCAGACGUGAUCAGCUACAGCAUUCUCAUCAACAUGUGCGCAGGGUCGAAGGACUGGAAGACGGCGGUGUCGCUGCUGCGCGAGAUGCCUGAUGCGGGAGUGCCGCCAAACGUGGUCAGCUACAGCGCAGCCAUCUCUGCGUGUGCGAAGGCUGGCCGGUGGCAGAAGGCGGUGUCGCUGCUGCGCGAGAUGCCAGGCGCGGGUGUGCAACCAGACGUCUACAGCUACAGUGCGGCCAUCUCAGCCUGCGAGAAGGCUGGCCGGUGCGAUGAGGCGCUCUCGCUAUUUGACGAGAUGCCUGCUGCAGGAGUGCAGCCAGACGUCAUCAGCUACAACGCAACCAUCUCUGCGUGCGAGAAGGGAGGCCAAUGGGAGAAGGCGCUGUCGCUGCUGCGCGAGAUGCCUGGUGCAGGCUUGUCACCAGACGUGAUCAGCUACAGUGCGGCCAUCUCUGCGUGCGAGAAGGCUAGCCGGUGCAAUGAGGCGCUCUCGCUGUUCGACGAGAUGCUUGCUGCGGGCGUGAGGCCAAAUGUGAUCAGCUUCAACGCAACCAUCUCUGCAUGCGAGAAGGCUGGCCGGUGCGAUGAGGCCCUGUUGCUGCUGCGCGAGAUGCCUGAUGCAGGCUUGUCACCAGACGUCAUCAGCUACAGCGCGGCCAUCUCUGCAAGCGAGAAGGCUGGCCAAUGGGAGAAGGCGGUGUCGUUGCUGCGCGAGAUGCCUGCUGCGGGAGUGCCGCCGAACGAGUUCAGCUACAGUGCGGCCAUCUCAGCCUGUGAAAAGGCGGGCCGCUGUGAUGAGGCGCUGUCGCUGCUGCGCGAGAUGCCUGCUGCGGGGUUGAGGCCAAACGUGAUCAGCUACAGUGCGGCCAUCUCAGCCUGCGAGAAGGCUAGCCGGUGCGAUGAAGCCCUAGCGCUGUUCGACGAGAUGCUUGCUGCGGGAGUGCAGCCGACCGUGAUCAGCUACAGUGCGGCCAUCUCUGCGUGCGAGAAGGCUGGCCGCUGUGGUGAUGCCCUGUCGCUGUUCAGCAAGAUGCAAGAGGACGGCGUGCAACCAAACGUGUACAGCUACAGCGCAGCGAUUCAGGCGUGCGCGGCGGCACAACAGCCUGAUGAGGCGCUGAGGCUCUUUAAGGCGGCGCUGAGGUCGGUGGAACCGAGCAGAGUCACCUUCAAUGCGGUGCUGGACGCUGUC